AUGCACCACCCACUCGCCGGCGUCGGACACUACGUCCCGCCCUCAUCGCACCUCGGCACCUCGGCUGCACCGCCGCACCACCAGCCGCCCCCGACCUCGUACGGCUACGCGCCAGGAGCGCUCACGAGCCAGUCGCCCGACUCGCCCGACUCGGCACCGACCCACGACCACGGCGGCGGGCGAGGACCCGCCGGCUUCACGGCCUCGAACGGCGGCAGCAAGAAGAAGGCGGCGCGGCAGAUGAGCCUCGCGGGCGACGACGACGGCGACGGCAAUGGCCGCGACGCAGACGGGCAGCCGCUCCGCAAGAGGAGCAAGCAGAGCCUGUCGUGCGGCGAGUGCAAGCGGCGCAAGAUCAAGUGCGAUCGCAAGGUCCCGUGCACGGCAUGCCUCAAGCGCGGCGACGCUGAAGCGUGCAACUGGGAGGACGCCAAGAUCGAGCCCGAGAAGCAGCCGUUCGCGCUCGCCGCCGAGACGGACGACCUGCGCGCGCGCCUAUCGCUCGUCGAGCGCUUCAUCAACACGCUUCCAGAUCCGCUCAAGACGACGUUCAAGGAGCUCGGCAUCUCGCAGAUGGGCGACCUCCCUCGGCAAGAGCUGCGCAAGGCCGAGGUCGACUUUGGCGCCCAGUUCGGCAGCACCCGCCCGCUCCCGACCGACAAGCCCGUCGCGCCGCACGACUCGCUCGGCCUCAUGGACAACCUCCUGUUCGCUGGCCCCAAGAGCCACGGCGUCGACGGCCUCCAGCAGCCCGACCACCUGGACCUGACGAGCAUGUCGACGUCGAUCGUCGCGCCUCGAGUCGUCUACACCAACCCGUCCGUGUCGACCAACCUCGGCCUCGACCCGUGCUUCAGCCAAGAAGAGCUUGACGCCGAGCGGCUGCGCGUCCUCGACAAGAUCUACGCCCAGCUCCCGAACCGGCCCGACUGCAACGUCGCCGUCGACCGGUACUUCCUCCAGUUCGACUGGUUCUUCUCGAUCCUGCAUCACACGACGUGGAAAGCCGAGUACGCGAGGUUCUGGGAGAUGCUCGGGUCGGGCCGCAAGUACGAGGUCGACCCGGCGUGGCUCGCCGUCCUUUACCUCCUUCUUGCCCUGUCGUCGGACGAGUCGAUGCACCUCACGUGCCCGAGCACGCCCGAGGCGUCGUCGGCGUGGGAGGAGCAGAGCGCGAGGUACCACGCCUGCGCGCAGAAGCUCGUUCUCCUUGCCGAUCCCUUCGGUCGACCACAAGCGCGCAUGCUCCAGAUCACAACUUUCCUCGCCUGCUGGACCUUGAUCUCGGCGCACGGCGGCGAGUUCGGCCGAUUCUCGUCAUGGCUCGCGUGCGGUAUUCGGACGGCGCAGAAGAUGGGCCUGCACCAGCUCUCGGACGACCCCGAGGACAUGCCGCCCGACGACCCUGCAUGGCCGCCCGGCAAGAACGCCCUCAAGCGAGAGACCGCGCUGCGGCUCUGGGGCUUCCUGAGCUUCUUCGACCACCUUUCUGCAUCUGCUCGCUUCAAGGGUUACAUGAUUCACCCGUCGCACACGACUACGCCGCCGCUCUCGAACGUCAACUGGCAAGAGCUCACGCCGCACGAGUGGAAGAUCGCGCCGGCACCACGCUCAGUCCUCACGGACUCGUCUAUGGAGUACCACAAGCUGCGGCUGUCCCAAGUGUCUCGCAAGACGUUCGACCUCCUCAUCGCGACCGCCUCGAGCGACAGCUUCAGCUACGGCACCAUUAUCGAGCUCGACAAGGACUACCGCAACCUGCUCGACAGCCUGCCCGACGUCUGGCUCCACGAGUGCGCCGCGCUCGAGCACGCCGACCCGAUCGUCCGCAACAAGCGCUACAUCGCCAUGCAGGGCACGCACAACCGCCUCGUCCGCCUGCACCGCCCGUUCCUCGUCAAGGGCUGGGAGCCCAACUCGCGGUACUCCUACAGCUCGGACGCGUGCGUGCGCUCGGCCCGGGCGGUCGUCCUCAGCCACCACAACAACCUCGACUUCAACCGCAACCUGCGCAUGAUGUACUCGCACACGCUCUCGGCCGCCAUCGUCCUCGCCGCCGACCUGUACCACGCCAUCGACGGCGGUGCGCCCGACGCCGAGAUCGAGAGCAAGAAGUCCACCUUUGCCCUGUCGCUCGAGAUCUUUGGCCGCGACAUCCAGGACAAGGUCGCCUCGAGGCACCUGCGCGUCAUCAUCGAGGCGGGCCGUCGCGUCCUCACGGGCCUCUUCUCCGAGCAGGUCCAGCGGCGAGCGAGAAUCGGCGCCCGUCGGGCAGCAGGCGACGACACGUCGAGCGAGCGCUCUUUCGCCGAGAUCCUGCAGAGCUUUGCGCGCGAGAUGGACGUGGCGCCGACACCGCGCACGGUCCCCGAGGGCCUCAUCUUGGCGUGCGACCAGGGCCACUACGAGAUCCCGUCGCUCCCCUCUUCUUUCCCCUCGACUGGCGCUCCCGUCGCCGCAUCUCGCCUGCCCGAGCCCGACCUCUCGGUGUGGAACCCGGGCCCGCCGUCGUCGUCCAACGCCGUCCCGCUGCCGAGCGACUUUGGCGGCACGUUCUCCGUCUCGAUCCUUCAAGACCUCGGCAUGAUCAACACGGGCGGGCACACGUGGGACUACUGGACGCAGAACGGCGGCGACUCGAACAGUCUCGGCGGUGGGACGACGCACCCGGCGAGCGGCGGCGGCGGUGGCUCGGGAGGGGGAGGAGGGCCGAGCGGCGUCGCCUCGCACGACGGGUCCGGGCUCGACCUCUCGGCUUUCCUCGGCGGCGGCGCACCCGUCAACACGCAGGACGCGGCGCAGGUCCUUCUCAACCAGCUCACCGGCGGUUGGUGAGCGCGCUGCGGGCUUUCUUCUUUCCUUCCCUUCCUUGUAGCAGUUCCUCUCUCUUUCUCUCUCUCCUCGCCCGUCCUCCAUAGAAGUCGCCGUUCCUUGCCCGUGUCGUCAAUUGCAGUUGCAGACUCUCU